GGCCCGCCUAUUGGCUGGAAGACUCCGAAGCCGGCUAGCCGGGCCAGGCCUUGGGCGGCGCCGGGGGCCUGGUCCCGGAGGGACAACCGGCUUUGGAAAGAUGAACAUGGCAGCUCGAACCGGUCAGAGGGCCCUGACAAAGGCAGUCUCGAGAUGCCCGCCAAAGUCGGCCACAGCGGCGGGCGGCCCGGCGCCGGGAUCUGCGCGGAAAGGAAGAUAUUUAGCUUCCUGUGGUGUACUGAUGAACAGAACUCUUCCAGUACAUACGUCCAUUUUGCCCAAAGACAUAUGUGCAAGAACUUUCUUCAAAAUUACUGCACCAUUAGUAAACAAAAGAAAAGAAUACUCAGAAAGAAGAAUUAUAGGGUAUUCAAUGCAGGAAAUGUAUGAUGUAGUAUCAGGAAUGGAGGAUUAUAAGCAUUUUGUUCCUUGGUGCAAAAAAUCAGAUAUUAUAUCAAAGAGAUCUGGAUAUUGUAAAACACAGUUAGAAAUUGGGUUUCCUCCAGUGUUGGAACGAUAUACAUCUAUAGUGACCUUGGUGAAACCACAUUUGGUAAAGGCAUCCUGUACUGAUGGGAAACUUUUCAAUCAUUUAGAGACUAUUUGGCGCUUUAGCCCAGGAAUUCCUGGUUACCCAAGAACUUGUACCCUGGAUUUUUCAAUUUCUUUUGAAUUCCGCUCACUUCUACACUCUCAGCUUGCCACAUUGUUUUUUGAUGAAGUUGUCAAACAAAUGGUAGCCGCCUUUGAAAGAAGAGCAUGUCAGCUGUAUGGUCCAGAAACAAACAUACCUCGGGAAUUAAUGUUUCACGAAGUUCAUCAUACAUAAAGGGAAAAAAGAACCAAUGUCACCUACUAUUCACUUUGUUAACUUUUAGGAAGAGCUUUCAUGAUUUGUUUUCAGAAGUCAGAAAACAUUUUUAAAGCCAGCUGUGAUUAUAAACCUGCUCCAUUGAAAAUUUGUACAUAGAACAUGGACUCUCUUGAACAUACAAUUAUUUCUUCAAUCAAGUGCAAUUCAAACUAAUGUGUACAUUCACAGGUUCUACAUUUAUAAUAGAAUGUCAUCACUAUUGCUAGAAUACUGACGUCACUCUUCUGAGCAGAAACUGAGGCUAAAUUUAAACCUUAUAGGUAUUACCUUCCAUGAGAUAGAGGUACUCAUACAAUAUAUGUUAUGUUCAUCAUAUCAUGUUUUAAGUUAUUAAAUUCAGAGUAUUUGUAACUUAUUUUUGUGGGGCCUGUCAUAUGGCUUAGAAUACUUAAGAAGUCUUCAUAUAUUUAAAGUUAAAACUUUGAUUUAACUGUUCAUGAAGGUUCAUUGGUAUUUUUGUUUUCUUAAAUUGUUCUUUAGUACUAGCAGUAGAGGUAAUAGUUUUAGUAGUUACUGUAGUGCUAUAGUGAAGUUAGUUUCUAGAUAGUGUUUUGUUAUUGUGGGUCUUUUCUUGUGUGUUUGGUUUGGUUUUUGUCUGGUCCAGAGCUAAGUUAUUUUCCCAAGAGUUCACAACAUUCUCCUAGGUACUUGGGCUUCACUUUCAAUAAUGCUAAUCAUGUGUCAAGUUUUGUUUACCACAGAAGCUUUAUUAGGUCUCCAACAUUAUGCCCUCCCUAUUUUCUAUUUAUUGUAUAUACUCACUUUCAGUAAGUUCUACACUUUUUUUUUAAAUCAAUCAAUGUAGACUGAAGUACUAGCUUAAUAAAGUUAAUUUGUUUAUUUUUUGUACAGUUA